GGACCCUGAGCAUGCCUAGUGUGUGUUGGCACUUGUAGUGGGUAAGUCGGCCCAGGAGGCGUACGUGGACAGUGCCUGGAGAUGGACUAUAGUAAGAAGCAGUACCCACCCCUCUGGUAGUGGUGCCUCUGCCUGGCGUGCUCAGUGACACUCCCACACCGCUACACCCCCAGUGGCCCUCAGUGGCUCUCUAGUGAAUCAAAGACUCUCUCUACCCGGUCACCGCUCAUCCAUGCGGACUCUGACGCCUACCAGUUCACCUGCUACCUGACCACCGCCACCACACUCCUACCUCCCGAGUGACUGAGCAGCUCCGCCGACCGCAUGCUGUGAGGUCCUGGUGAACCUGGGUGUGGACAGCACCGACACAACCGCGGCACAACACUACACACACAGACACACACACACACACACACACACACACACACACAUACAUACACACACACAUACACACACACACAUACACACGUACAUAAACACGUAGCCCCGCAGCCACACACCGAACGCCACCAUAACAGACGAAGACAAGGACCUCCAGCCUCACUCCAUCAUGGAAGGUGACGAGAAGAACAAGAACAAAUCUGUAGGAGGUGGAGGAGGAGGGGGAGGAGGAGGAGGGGGUGAAGGAGGAGGAGGAGGGGGAGGCAUGGAGAUGACCCAGUAUGGCCUCAACGGCACGUCGCCCCAGACGCCCAACGACGCGGGCCAAGUGGCCCUGGACGACGAGAUGGCCCUCCGCGGCACCUGGAGCAACCACCUCGACUUUAUCCUGUCCCUCGUCGGCAAUGCUAUCGGGAUUGGCAACGUGUGGCGCUUCCCUUACCUCUGUUACAAGAACGGCGGAGGUGCCUUCUUGAUCCCCUACCUCCUGACGGUGUUUUGCUGCGGGGUGCCCACUUUCUUCCUGGAGGUGUCGCUGGGGCAGUUCUUGGGUACUGGCGGCCUUACGGUAUGGCGUAUCUCCCCUAUCUUCAAAGGUGUUGGCUACGGCGCGGCGGUCAUGUCAGUGUGGCUCAAUAUCUACUACAUCAUCGUGCUGUCCUGGGCUCUCUUCUAUUUCUUCAUGUCACUCACCUCUCAGCUGCCGUGGGGGUCGUGCGACAACUGGUGGAACACUGAUACUUGCGUGUCGCCGUACGCCCGUAGCAACCUCGAGUGUUGGGGCGAGACCUUCAACAGCACGGCCAAUGAGACGUACUGCAGGGUGGGCAACCUCACUCGGGUACACGUGGUUAACCUCACCGACCCCGUCAAAGAGUUCUGGGAAAAACGGGCGCUGCAGAUUUCGGACGGCAUUGAUCAUCCUGGCACCGUACGCUGGGAGUUGGCCCUGACUCUCCUCGUCGCUUGGAUCCUCUGCUACUUCUGUAUCUGGAAGGGGGUCAAAUGGACUGGCAAGGUGGUGUACUUCACGGCACUCUUCCCCUACGUUCUCAUGUUCAUCUUGUUCAUCCGUGGUGUGACGCUGCCAGGGGCCAUGACGGGGAUCCGCUACUACCUUAUACCUGACGUGGAGAAGCUCAAGGAUGUCACGGUGUGGGUGGAGGCGGUGUCACAGGUGUUCUGGUCCUAUGCACUUGUCCUGGGGUCUCUCAUUGCUCUGGGAUCCUAUAACAAGUUUGAUAACAACUGUUACCGCGACUCCCUCAUUUUGUGUACCGUUAAUUCGUGCACAUCAUUUUUCGCUGGGUUCGUCAUCUUCUCUGUUGUAGGCUUCAUGGCAGAGCAACAGCAGAAAGAGGUAGCAGAUGUGGCAGCCUCAGGACCUGGCCUGGCAUUCUUGGCAUACCCAUCGGCAGUGCUGCAACUACCUGUGUCUCCCCUCUGGUCUUCCCUCUUCUUCCUCAUGUUCCUCAUGCUGGGACUCGACUCUCAGUUCUGCACCAUCGAAGGCUUCGUCACAGCUGUGUCUGAUGAGUGGCCUAAGUACCUCCGCAAAAAUAAGGAGCUCUUCAUUGCCGCCAUCUGCGUUAUCUCUUACUUUGUAGGCUUGUCCUGUGUUACAGAGGGUGGUAUGUACGUGUUCCAGGUGCUGGAUUCAUAUGCAGCCUCUGGAAUGUGUCUCAUCUUCCUUAUCAUGUUCGAGUGUAUAGCUAUAGGCUGGGGCUAUGGAGCUAACAAGUGGUAUGACAAUGUUAAGGAAAUGAUUGGCUAUUACCCCUUCUUUUGGUGGAAGUUCUGCUGGAAGUUCAUCACUCCUGCCAUUUGCUUCUGUGUGUUCAUGUUCAAUGUGGUGAUGUGGUCUCCCCCGAAGUAUGUGGACUAUGAAUUCCCAGUUUGGACCCAUUUCGUCGGCUGGCUAAUGGCGUUGUCCUCAAUGACCUGUAUUCCAGGAUAUGCAAUCUACAAAUUCGUCACCACACCUCACCCUGGAACCUGGAAAGAGAGAUUAAUAUCUAUCACGCGACCAGAGAUUGACUUAAAUGCUUUGAAGAACAAGUACAGAAGUACCCCAGAGGAGGCCACUGCAGUGUAGAUGUUCACUCGUGUCUACCAUACAUCCACACCAACAUCCACUCUUUCACUAUGGUAUGGUAUUACCUGGCAGGGACAGCCCGAGGUAGAGAGAAGACACCAGACUGGUGCUAUAUAACCUGAUGGGAAUAAACAGCAGACACAGAGCCUGGCCAGCCUCUUGACUAUGCCCACUUAGGCAGGGCACCAUCACAGAAGAUGGUUACAGCUGCAUAGCAAUGUGUACUUUACUGAAGGCUAAUUCAUAGAUUUAUUUCAUGUGCACUUGAUUAUUUUAGUAUCUUGUACGUAUUUAUAAAUUUGAAUUCUACAUUGUUUUCUUAUAUUUGAUUAGUUUGUGAUUAAAACCAGCAGCAAAAUAAACUCAGUAAAGCUGAACAAAUGUAACAAAUGUCACGUUAAUAUAUUUAGAGACAUGACUAGGGAUGGAGCUAGUCAAAAAUUUGCUUAUGUCAUGAACAUUGUGGGUAUUUAUCCCUCUCUUGGCUCUCAAUACACUUUUCCAGAAUGCGCUAUGACUGCUCUGUUAACGCAGCUGAUCACUUUAUCACACAUCAUAUGAUUUUUUAUAGCUCACUUGAUGAUGCUAUUUAACCUACUCUGUGGCAUUAUUAUAGCUCAGUUUGUGAUGUUUUAAUAUGGCCUGGGCUUUAUUUGUGGCUUAGCUGAGAUGGCUGUCUGACACUUCAGUUAUAUGUAUGUCAGGACUGCUUUUUAUUGAUAUGGAGACAUACAGCACCACACCUGGAAAUCACUAAGAAGGUUAAUGAUUAUAGGUAAAAAAAAUCAUAUCUUGAGUACCAUGAGAUAUCCAGAAGAAUUUAUAAACGAUUGAAAGAUAUGAGGCUAGAGAUUAUUUCAUGAUGUGAAUGUUAAAAUGAGUUGAAAAACUUAUUAGAAGUCAUUUACAGAAAUUUUAACUACAUAUUUUCACUCUUUUAAAGGAUUUAGAUGUAGCAAUUCAUUUUUUCAGUGCUUGUGAAAAAACUUGCUAAAAUCCUGACAUACAUUGAAUUCAAAUAGUCUUAGUCUUAGCUUUUGUUGAUGGGUUUAGAGGACAUCACAAGAUUUUCAACUGACACUUAGGCCAGUAAUGUGCAGUAUUGAUGUUUGUAAGAUGUUUUUAACCUAAAAGCAAUAUGUUUCUCUCGUGACAACUGUAUAUUGAUGUUGACAAUUAUCAGACUAACUGUAGCUGCACUCGAGAAGUUCCUCAGCAGUCCUAGUGACUGACUAAUGUUGAUGAAAGAUGAGACAUUUAUAUUUCAAGAGUAUAACUAUUUGUCUUGCUCACCAGAGGUCAGUGAUGGAGAGCCUAAAGCCUGAGUUUACAAUGGAAGAAUUCAAUAGCAUGUUACAAAGUUUGACAGCGAUCAACCAUCAGUAGUGAGUGAUAAUGUGGACUGCCGAGGCACUCUUCAAAUGCAACUCCAGUAAGAUUAAUUUGUGAAGGGCUUCCAAAUUGUCUUCCAUAUUUUAGAACACUUCUUUAACAUAUCAAAAAGGUAGGUAAUAUUAGUAGAAGUACGAGUGAAGAUUCUUUAAUCUUGUCAUUGUAGUAAAAUCCUAUAGGGUAGAUUUUAGCUUGUUUUGGGACCAAGGUAUUUAAUGCCGACUGGGUCUUCCAAAUGUUAAAAAUUGUAAGUGACUUGAUACUUGAUUAUGGACCUUGAAUGUCCCUACAGUAAGGUAUUUUAGUAUAUUAUCACAAGGGAAAUUGUGACCUUAUUUGAGUAGUAACUAUGAAUCAUCAUAUAGCAUUGUCUUCCAUGUUGUUGGUCCUGUCUUCACAUAGAACACAGUAGAAUGUAUGCGAGCAAUAACAUAACAUGUUUUUGCAGUUUAUCCCCUUUAUCUACCUACACAUUUACUUCAAACUCCCCAAUUCAGGACCUGGUAAGAACCUUAGACAAACUACUCCUUUAUUUCUUUCUUUGUUAAAAUUGUAGGUAUUUUCAUCUUUAGGUCAUACUAGGCCAUAAUUGGGAAGUUUUUAUCCUCUUGGUGAACAGCUCUUUAAGGUUUUAGCCAAUGAGAAGUCGUCAUUUAUGAAUCUGGAUCACAACUGCCAAUAAGGUGAUGGUUCUCUCGGAGCCUUGCGUGCCCCACCAUUCAACCAUCCCUCCAGCCAAUCAGCGCACGAGUAGGAGUGAGACACGCCUUGCUCUGGCCCCGCCCUUUUUUCUCAAUGUCCUUUUCUGAUUGGCUGAAACUGAGCAAUUUUGUAAAUUACAUAUGACAACCAAAUUUAAAAUAAGUAAUGAAUGUAUGUAUUGCCAGUAAGUUGAAUUGUGUACAUGUUAUAUAUGUUAAGAUAAUGUUUUGCACCGACUCGUUAAAAAUACUGAGUAUCUAUUAUAUUAUAAGAAUUUAGUGCUUAAGAAUAUGUUUUUCUUCAUUGUGAGUGUGUGAACUUCGUUGUAAAACUUUGAUGUUAGGCGAUGCAUGUACAGAAAUAUAUGUAAAUUCUUGUCAUAUAGAGAUUUAAUUGUUUAAAUGUUGUGAUUUACAUAUCUCUUCAACACAGGUAACAUCAUUGUGAGUACAAAGUUCAGUGUUCCAUAAAAAAACAACUUUUGAAUAUUUGUACAGGUAGGAACCCUGUGUAGGAGAUAUAAGAAGAACCAUCAGACCUAAAGUAUAUAGUUGGGCCUCACACAUGUAAACAUCUUUUCAGGAUAUAGUGAGCAACUGAUUGCUUUGUUAUUUUAGGUUCUUUGUGGGUGGUUAUUUUUUAUGAUCAUUAAGCUGUCAUAAAAUGAAUACCUAUUUAUAAAAGAAACUUUUAAAAAUACUCAGUCAGUAUGUCCACCGUUAUGGGUUUGGGGUUGCUUCUAUCCUCUUUAUAGAUGAAUCAAGCUGGUGUAACACAAGGGGAAGUUACAUUUAUUAAACAGGCAUCAUAAUGUGGCUUCAGAAGACAUUUUAACACAAACAUGUGAAUUGCACAGAAACACUUACAAGCACAUUAAUAUUCUUACAUUCAAAAUCACCCCACAUACAUAUGAACAUUAUAUAUACAGUAUAUAUAUACAGUAUAUAUAUGAUUGUGUUCUACCAUUCAGACAUCUUAUAGCUUUGGCAUCUAUAUGAACAGUGAUUUGUACACUUUAGGAAUUAUCUUGUUCAUUCCUUUACUUUCUGUGGCUUUACCAUAUCUGAUUAAGUACAUGAAAAUGUAAUACUUAAUCUUUGAAAUAAAAAUAUAAAAAAGCAUCA